UGGAGUCGUCGUUUCGCCGCAACGUUGCUUCUCAGACAUAGAGUCAGGACACCUGAAUUUCGUCUACCUCUCAUGGCAUACUCCGUAUCCGUGAUUCCACUUGGGUUUGGGUUGCUUUUAUAUUCGGCGGAGGAAACUGUCGUUUGAAUGGUUCCAAUUACCGGCAUAAGUAUCGUUGGCGUUGGUGUCAUAAAUGCCUUUGUAAGUAAGAAAUAUGGGAUAACUAACAAAUCUUCUAGAAGCCCCCUUGCGUCAUACCUCGUUGACGCAAUCAGCACACACGUCGCCUCCGCACCCGCUUCUUUCACUGUUUUUCGUAGCGUGUUUGGAGCAAUCUCACCCCUCGCUGGCCCUCCAAUGUAUUCUACUCCAGGGCUGUGACGGGGAAACGCUUUUCUUGCUGUAAUUUCAUUUGUUAUGGCAAAAGUGCCCUGAGUGAUUUUGAAUAGAGGGCUGCAUCUGAGGGAGAAAUAUGCCCAUUUCGUAUGCUAGGAAGCGUUGCUCAAGCG